CCUACAUUUCCCACUUCAGCUCUAGCAGGCCUCGAACCUUUCGAACCUCGUGAGAAUCGGAGACAAGAAUCCGUCAUUUUUGGGUUCCGGUUCGGAUUUUUUUAGCAAUGGCGGAGGAAUCGGAGAGUAAGCACUCGGCGGUGGAGUCGGUGAUGGAGAAGAUAAGCGAGAAGAUUCACGGCCACGAUUCAUCCUCGGAUUCGGAUCACGAGAAACCGGGUUACACUUCUACUGUUCAGUUUAAGAUUUUUCGGUUGUUUGGAAGAGAGAGACCAGUUCAUCAUGUGCUUGGUGGUGGAAAACCUGCUGAUGUAUUCUUGUGGAGGAAUAAGAAGAUUUCAGCUGGUGUGCUUGGUGGAGCAACUGCAAUUUGGGUCCUUUUUGAACUGGUUGAAUACCAUCUACUUACUUUAAUCUGCCACAUCUCGAUACUCUGUCUUGCACUAUUGCUCUUGUGGUCCAGCGCUCAUACCUUCAUCCACAAGACCCCACCUCGCAUUCCCGAAGUUUAUUUACCAGAGGAACCAUUCGUCCAAGUUGUCUCAGCUCUAACUACUGAAUUGAACCGUGUGUUGAAGCUGCUGCGAGAUAUUGCAUCUGGAAGUAAUCGGAAGGAAUUUCUUAUGGUUAUAGCUGCAUGCUGGGUUCUGUCAAUCGUGGGGAGUUGGUGCCACUUCUUGACCUUGUACUAUAUAUCUUUCGUGUUGCUGCAUACUCUGCCUGUUCUAUAUGAGAAGUAUGAGGACAAGGUUGAUCCAUUUGCCGAGAAGGCUAUGAUUGAGAUUAGAAAGCAAUAUGCAGUUUUUGAUGCCAAGGUUCUGAGUAAAAUUCCGAAGGGUCCUUUAAAGACCCAGAAGGUUUAGGCAAACAUUUGGCUGGUUCUUGGUUUCCAGGGCGUGGGGGUGUGCUCCAUUCACAUUAGGUGCAGGCAUUUCUUCCUCAAACAAACUUUUAUGAAUGGUUUUCAGUUCAAAAUCUGUAUCAUCAAAAGGCAAUCAGUUUUUUAGCAAUAUGCCAAGAUUACAAAUGGCGCCAUAAGGUGAUAAUAUUUUUAUGUAGCUUUGUUUAAUUUGGAUAGCAUUAAGCUUUUUUUACAUUGGUUGCC